UUCUGACUGACGACCCCUGGACUUUGAAGAAACUCUUUGCUCUUAAUUUCCACACUGAUUAGUCAACAGUGGAAAAUCUGAAGAAAUGCGAGCAGGAAAAGGAAACUAAACCAGGGCCAGCCCCUGUCUCUUGUACCUACUCCCCUUGGAGGACUCACAAGCAUCAAGGUCUGAAGAACAAUGCGACAGGCGUGAUGGAGGUCGAGUCCUCCUACUCGGACUUCAUCUCCUGUGACCGGACAGGCCGCCGGAACGCAGUCCCUGACAUCCAGGGCGACUCCGAGGCCGUGAGCGUGAGGAAGCUGGCUGGAGACAUGGGCGAGCUGGCCCUGGAGGGGGCAGAAGGACAGGCAGAGGCAGGCACUACAGACAAGGAGGCUGGCAACCAGCCCGAGAGCAGCAGUGGGGCCGUCUCGUCGUGAGGCUGACCUUGCCGAGGAGGCUGGAAGAGACCUGCUGUCCCCGCCCGGACCGGGACCCUGGCGCUGGCCCAACAGCCUCUUCUCUGAGCCCCGUGUGCCAGGCAAGCAAGGCCAGACUGAAAGGCACCCCCAGAGGCUGCAGUGGCCCUUACCCUGGAAGGCCCUCUGCCCACACCCACAGGCUCCACGCUGCCACCACCUCACCGUGCCCAGGUACACUUUUAAGACACUAACCACAGGAUGUUAUUUAUUCAUUGGACACUGGGCCUCGGGGGCUGGGCCCUGCCCGCCUGGGUGAGCAGCUCGCCUAAGAGGGCUCCUGGGCGCCCAGGGCAGGGACCACAUCCCGGCUUUGCCCCGUCUUCUCCAAAACCAACCAUUUAAGUCAAGACCUUCUGAUCCCUUUUUUAAGAAACACUUUUAAACUUUUAAAAAGUUUUAAACCUUUUUUAGCAGAGAGGGAAGGAGCUGACAAUCAAUCCACUUUUGUUUUGGAAGCUAUUUUGAUCUAAACUCAGAGCAUCUGUGCAGCUCUGAGGUUCCCUGUGGAGCGUCACAGAUCGUUUUAGGGAAGGGAUUUUCGUGCUCAGAACCACCUGAUCAACUCUGCCCUUUCUUUCUACCAAGUAACGUCUGGGACCCAGGAAAUAAAUGCUGGUGAUUUGUGUGA